UCGAGAAGCAGCCCAGCGGUGAGAGGAGGACGGCCCGUUGACGAGGUGCGGGACUCUGUUUCAGAAAGGUGGCCAGCUGUCGAUAACACAGACGGAGCGCGAGGACACCUGCAGCAGACACACACGCAGUGACGCACCGAGCCAUGGUGAAGAUCAGUUUCCAGUCCGUCGCGGGACAGAAAGUGGAGAAGGAGAAUGAUGGCGACAAGACCGAAAUCCUCAUUCCUCAUCCUAUGGAUGAUGAUGAGCUGGUUCUUCCCCUGCGGCCCAAAAAGUCUCCCCUCAAUGGCCUGUGCUGCCUGACGUUUGGCCUGGUUGUGUUCAUGGCCGGUCUGGUCCUUGCCUCCAUUUAUGUCUACCGCUACUACUUUAUACCUCAUAUCCCAGAGGAUAACAUGUUCCAGUGCAGGGUGCUUUAUGAAGACGCUGUGUAUGCCCCACUGCGUGGGCGUCAGGAGCUGGAGGAAAACGUCGGCAUCUACUUGGCCGACAACUAUGAGAAGAUCACUGUGCCCGUGCCUCACUUUGGAGGCAGCGACCCCGCUGAUAUAAUCCAUGACUUCCACAGAGGACUGACAGCCUAUCAUGACAUUGCUCUCGACAAAUGCUACGUCAUUGAGCUGAACACCACCAUUGUGAUGCCUCCACGCAACCUUUGGGAGCUCCUUGUCAAUGUCAAGAAGGGAACAUACUUGCCUCAGACCUACAUCAUCCAUGAAGAGAUGGUGGUGACUGGCAAAGUGCACAACAUGCGUCAGCUGGGACCCUUCAUUUACCGCCUGUGCAAUGGGAAGGACACUUACCGCUUGAACCGCCGCGUCACCCGCAGACGCAUCAACAAGCGCGAGGCGAAGGACUGCCACCACAUCCGUCACUUCGAGAAUACAUUCGUGGUGGAGACGGUUAUCUGCGAUGAAGAGUAAACACGACGGUUAUCCGUGUCAUCGCGCCCACCCAAAGGCACAUCUCCAGUCACCACCCCAGCCACUGUAGCAUCCUCCUGUGGAUCUGAUCAUGUCUGAGUUGCACUUAAGUUUUGAUUUUGGUUUGAUAUUUUCUUUAUUUCACAACCUGCCUAUUUUUUUUUUUUUUUCUCAAUUUUUAACAUUUCUAUUCCCCUUAGGUAAUAUUUACCGUGAAGUGUGAUGCAAUACUAAACUGCUGGUUCUAUCACAGGAUUUUCCUUGUAGCAAAGUGCUUUAGCCAAUAAUGAAUUACAAUUUAAAGACCUCUCUUCCUCUGGGGAUUCGUAUGAUGUUACUGGCGUCGGGGGAGAUGGCUGUCUCCAUGUGUCGUCAAGGAGACUGUACUGUUGUUGUUUUUUGUCCUCCUGCACUGGAGGUACUUUGUGUCUCUUAGUUGUGUUAACACAAUCAAGCAUGAAGCCUUGCUUCUCUGAGCAAACAUUGUCCAUAGAUUUCAGUAAUGACCUUUAUUUUUCAUGUUCUCUAUAAUGUAAACGUAACUGCUGAUGACUAGUUGCUUGCAUCUUUAUCCUCUUGCUUGCCUGCUGCUUCCUCGCCCCCCUAUCUGCUUUUCAUUUUCUAGACAUUCAAGAAGUUUGCAUUGGACAUUUGUCUGCAUUCACUUUUUUGUAUCAUAUUCCUUUGAAACCGCUUAAAGCCUGUAUUUAUUUUGGAUGCUCUUAUUCGUCAUCAGCUUUUUUCUUUUCUUGUCAUGCUGUUUUUCUUUCUUUUUUUUCACGCACUCAUCAAUGCCUUUGUGAGUCCUUUUAAAAUAAUGUCUUUGUUUUCCCUUGCAUGUGUUAAUCUCUAAUAGAAAAACAGCACUGUUAGAAUGUUUUGUAAAACAACGUUUAAAGCCUUAGUCCAGAGUCAGAGACUGGAUUAAAGUCCGUACUACUGAAAGGGAGCAUAUUAUACAGUAUGUUAGUCAAACAAAACCAACUUUGAUCUGUAUAUUUUGUCUGCUGAUGAAUCAUGAAAUCCGUCUGUGAAUAAAGUAGUGAAAAUAA